CGUCUCGAGCCAGUUUUCCCCGUGGCGUGGCCCGAGACAGUCGUCAGUCCCUAGCUGCUCGCAGUUGGGACCUGCACACCAACCCCCGGACGCGCAGUGAUCCGAGUAGUUCAGUUAGUGGUGCACUUGCGAGUUGGUUUGGUGUCCAGUGUGUCUUGUCUGUUCGGUGCUAACACAAAAUCCACAAAAUCGGAGCCAGUUGGUUGCGCACCAGGGCCCCCCGCGUUCGCCACUUCAGUGAAUCGUGUUCUCGAAACAGCUCUGCAGCUGUUUUGACAGUCCAGCCGCAUUAUCACACACUUCGCCGGUGACACAGCGCUCAUCCGCCAGGGCCGAGGCAGCCACCGAAGCGCCCUGAACGCAACGUCAGCAAGCCCUCCUCGCUCGUGCGGUCGUCGAAGAAAAACGAUGGAGCGCGAAUCGGAACAGAUGCAGGCGUCGCAGCCGACCAUGUGCCGCUCAGGGUGCGGAUUCUACGGCUCGGCGGCCACUGACAACAUGUGCUCGGUGUGCUACAAGGAGCAGCUCAAGAAGAAGCAGCAGCCUCCUCAGGACGCGCGUCCCGCCGUCCUCAGCACGCCGCAGCAACAGUCGAGCGCACCCCUCUUCCCCAUGUCCAGUUCCUCGAGCAUGGAGACAGCGCAACCCACAAUCCCCGCCAUCCCCGUCUCCCCCAGCGACCUUCUCUCGAAAGAUCUGUGUGCCGAUCUCGAGGGUGCUGGCGCGAGCAAUUCGAUCAUAAGCGAGGGCUCCGAUGUCGACGCGUCAAAACUGGCCGACGACGCGGGCUCGGACAAGGACUCCAAUGGAAAGGCAAAGAAGAAGAAUCGAUGCGUUACCUGCCGCAAGAAGGUCGGCCUCACAGGCUUCGAGUGCCGCUGCGGAGGCUUGUACUGCUCACUGCACCGGUAUUCGGACAUGCACGAGUGUUCGUUCGACUACCGAGAGUUGGGCGCCCAGGAGAUCCGGCGCAACAACCCCGUCGUGGUCGGCGAGAAGAUUCAGAAGAUAUGAGGGGCUUGUGCUUUCACCUUCUGUACCUUCUCGUGAUGGCCUUGAAAUAGACUGAUUUGCCGCCGCCGCAUCAGGGAGUGAGCUGCUGGUUUUACUUUAUGCUUUAGUUCAUUCGAAGAGGAAAAACGCGAAUAAAUACUAGUUAAAUAAUUGCAUGACACACAAAACACACACACGACACACACGGAAAGGUGAAAUUAAUACACACUUCUACUACUACAACUACUGCUACACACACGUGAGUUUAGACGACGAAGAGGAAUUUUCCAAGAUGAACACACAUACACACACACACACUUCCGUACGUAUGAAGAAACACCGCGAUCUGUCCAUUACUGCUAACACAAAGAAGGAAGAAAGGACGAAGGCUUCUCUCCCUCCUCACCAGCCAAGAUUAAAUACUGAACUCUCGAAAUAUCAAAAAACCAAGCAACGGGGUCAGCCAACAAAGUGAACUAACUAAUAAUAAAUAAAUUAAUUAAUACAAAAGAGUCGGAAUAAUCACACUUGUAAGCUGAAUUCUUCGUUUGUAGCGGAAGGAAAGACUUUGUUUGAUUGCUGUUUUCAUAGUUAUUCAUUUACGGUUUAUCAUUACUCAAAAUAGCGACCAGUGGACAAUGUUAUAAUCCAGAGUUUUUGGUGUUUCCAGCUGCUAAUGAUUCGUAUCUGGUUUUACUUUGUGCGUGUUUGUGUGAGUGAGGCGAAUGGCAAAAAGCUGCUAAAACCACAAGUCGAUAAUUGAUUUUGUUUGGACGAGUGCGACAACAAUAAUUCUUGUAUAUUUUCGGUUUGACACCUUUUUGGAGUGAACUUGUGAGAUAAAAUUAUAUAAAUAAAGAAAGAAUCCAACGUGUAUAGAAAAUUAUGUCGAACAAGGCGUGUAUCUGUUUUCACCCGUCUCCACUGUGUGUUUUCUCCAUUUUUGACAUAGUGGAUGCGAGCGAGUCCGCCCCGUUUUUGUUUGCAUUCUUCUUCUUCUUCCCUCUCUUCGCAAUUGACGAAACUUGUAAAAGAAAUCAUUAUUGCAUAAUAACUUUACUGAUGCCGAUCGGAAGAAUCGUUCUUGUUCGUUAGGGGUCCUUAUCGUAGCUUGAAGUGUGAUUUAAAUUUAUUCUAUUAUUUAAAAUAAUUAAUGAAGAAAAUAUCGUUUGUUACAAUUUAUCAUUUCAAAUAUCAUCUAAUUAUACGCCGAUAUAGCCUGUCUUGUGUGUAAGAAGAAGUUGAUGGUUACUAUCACGAAAAACAGACACUCUUUUUCUUUUAGACAAGGGUCGGCAGUUCCAUGCCGGCUUGCUGCUAUAUGCCGCUUGCGAAAAUAAAAACAAAAAAUGUAUUUCUUCUCUAUCACGACGAUAACGUUUUAGAUUGAAAAUGGCAAAAUUAAUUGUGUACAUUGCUAUCGAUCCAAUCUUGCGUAUGUAAAAAACACUAUCGAAACGGCGGGCAAGAAUUUCCCUCAAAAGGAACAAACUUUUGGUCAUGCUAUAUGGAGCUGCUGUGUUCGGCGACUCCUCUGUCUGUGAUUCACGAUAAAAUGGAAAUAAAUUGUGAGCAGAGGCCGAAAAUUCUUGCCCCGAGCUUUGUAUAAAUCUUAACUUGAUUGUUGCGAGUAGUAAUGUAAAAACAAAACAGGCACGAAUGCAAGUCGCAUGUUUUUGCAUUAUUUCGUUCUUUGUUCACCAACUACGACAAUGUUCUUUAUAAUCCCACUUCGGGUUAUUUUUCCUUUUUCGUUUGUGGUAUUUAACAAGAGCAAUGUUCUUUCAAAUUAUGCUGAUGUAUGUGAGGUCCCUUAUAUAAAUAAAAAAAGUUAUAAAAAUAA